AUGGCGGACGGCAACGAGCCCACGGGGCCGUCGGGCGCGCUGCCGAUCGGCGAGAAGAGGGUGCGGGCGGCAAUGCUGGACCACAUAAGGGAGCUGUUUCCGGAGGGGAACGAGAUCGCGGCGGCGGGGCUGGAGCGCGGGGACCUCCUGGGGAUCUUGAGGACCAGAGACACCCACAAAAUGCCCCUUGGGGGCAUCACCGACGAUAUGCGCUGCCAGUUUGUUCUGGAGUGCCUCCUCGAGCUCGGCUUCGUGCAGAUCGGCGACAGAUUAUUUCCCCAGGGGAUCCACAUGGAUGAGCCGCUGGCAGACCAAGCCGAGGCGCCAGCCCCGGCUGUGGCCAGGCAUGCUGUGCACCCCCUGGCUAUGACUGGCCGUGCGGGCACCACCACCACCAGCGGGACCAAUGGAGGCCUGGGAGCCCAGCCCACGCCAGCCCAAGCAGCAGACGCGCCCAGCAGCGUCAAAUCCGUCGAAUCUGACGAGCUGCGGCCUGAACAGAAAAAUGACGAGAAUGGCUUUUCAAAAGGUGGAGAGCCUGCAGACAGGGUUGGGGGGGGAGACAGUCACACAUCGGCGCAGCAGGAGCCACCAGCGCUCCAAGAGGGGGAGGCACCAGUAGAGUCACCUGUAACUGAGUGCGACGAAGGCGACGACCAAGUUGAUGUCGGCGUCGCAGAAGGCGAAGACAUAGAGACUGCCGCUGGGCAGGAUGAGGAAGCCCACAAUGCAGCUGAUGACGCUCGGGGAGCAGCUUCAGAGAACGAAGAUGAGCCUUGCGGAGCCUCUGAGAUGGAGGAAGAUACCAUAGUUGAAAACAAUGUGCAGGAGUCCUGCCGACCAGAGAAGCGCCCAAUUGCGGAGUCUGAGGAAGUGGACACUUCCGGUCGACCAGAGAAGCGUCAGAAGACAGAGGGUGAGGAUGCCAAUGCCAGCACACAGGACACUAUCACAGAGGUGCCAGCUGUUCCACCCCUCCACGGCGAGGGUACGCCCUACGGGGACGAGCUGAGUCUAAAUUUCACAGAUAGCAGCCGCCUUGUUACCCCUGUGACUACACCCACUGAUACGAGGAUGGAGGAUGCUGAAACUGCUGACGACCUCAGAGAAAGUGAAGUGACUGAGGAAGAGCUGCCUGGGCCCUUGCAACGUGCUAAAGUUUUGGUUGAAGUCAAUGAGGAGGAAGGUGGGGUGGGGGUGAAGAUAGAAGUGGGGGAUGUGGACAUUGAAGAGGGUGCAGGGGAGAAGGGAGGUGUGGACACAGAUGAAGUGCCAAAGGUUAUUGGCAUUGGCGAGACAGGCCCACUGGGCCUCAGUGUGGCUGUUGUAGAGGUUGGCGUAAGGAAGAUAGAGUGCAAAGAGACCGUCAAGGAGAUGCCAGAAGAACCAGUGGAACUCCCGGAGGUCAGGCGGCCUGUGGGCAUUGGUGCACCAGUGAGCGCGAAGGAGAGGGCCAGGAAAGCCAGCCGCAUUAUCUACAGGGACCAUGGGAAGAAUGGCUUCAAGGUCCAGAUUGAUGGCGAGGAGCGUGGGACAUACAUCUGGAGGGACAAGGAUGCUAUCAUACCUGACCCUUGUGAGAUGGAAGAUGAGGACUACCAGAAGGGCCUCACUCUGGCCCAGGGUUUCCUUGACACUGUUCACACAAACAGGCUGAACGACUUUCCAUGUCGAGUGAGGGCAGAGGCACUGAAGGCCUUGAGCAAGGCCGACCUGAAGCCAGUGCUCAACGCGAUGCAAUUCUUCAUGGGCCUGUGCAAAGCGAAAGCCAAGGAGCUCCAGGUUCCAGAUGAGGAGGUGCGGCUGGACCCUGUGUACAGUCUGGGCUGCAAGAGGGUGAAGGGCAUUGUGGACGGCAAGCGCAAGGAGAUGCUGAUGAAGGUCCCCAAGGAGAGGAGGAGGGAUGCCGUUUUGGGCCUCGGUGCCAUUCCCUACCAGGCGAUCUGUACGGGCUCCAGCCUCUGGCUUGACGAACUGCUCCGGGAGCUUGCCCCUGAGGAGAUGCUCCAGUUCCCAAUGAAGUACCCAGCCAGGAAACCCGAAGGCGAGGACAAGGGUCAGGGUGCCAAGGGCUCCCAGGCAGGCAAUGGGGAAAAGAGGAACCUCAAUGGAAAGGAGGAAAAAGAAAGGCUGUCGCGAUUUGGUGGUGUCGGGAGAGAUAGGGGAGCCAGGAUAUCUGACCAUCCCUUGAGGUUCCAGGAUGAGCUGCGGAGGAGGCCCCUGAUGGAGAGACGGCCACUCCUGCCCUCGCGGCCGCGGGCCAUGGAUCCAGCAAUGAGGCCAGUAAGGGGGAGGCCCAGGUCGCGGUCGGCCGAGCGUGGCUACUACAAUGAACCAGUGGGGCGGAGCCCAGGUCCCAUGCGCAGACUUCGGACUCCCUCACCCCCGCGGCGGAGGAUGUCGCCAAUGUCUAGGUUUGAAGACCUGCAGCACAAUCCCAUGUGGGGGGACAGGAGCCCAGAUGGCUGGCGUGCGGACAUGAGGCAUGAGGACAUGCUUCCUGCUGGGAACAGAGUGCUGCCCAGGAGGGGCGCAGAGCUGGAUCGAAUACCCCUACGAAUGGGCAAUGCAGCCGCAGUGCUGCCUUCACAGCUGCAGCUUCAGACGAUGCAGCAGGGCCUUCCCAUGGGUGCAACCGCGCAGAUAGCCAACACAAUGCAGCCGACUAACCAGAUCGCAGGCCUGGUGACCAACGGGCAGGUAGGCUUGCUGGGCGUGAACCUAGGCGGCACAACAGGCAUAGCCCCCAUGGCACGAGAUCAGCUGCAGCUGGGCGGCCAGGCGCCCAACCAGUUGCAGAAUGUGAACAUCGUUGGAGGCGUGGUCGGCUUGUCCAACCAGCAGCAGCUGCAGCUACAACAACUGCAGCAGCAGCAGCAACAGCAGCAGUUGCGCCAGCAACAGCUGCAGGUGCAGAUGGCAGGGAUGCCGGCAGCAAAUGGGCUGAUCUUGCAGCAACCUGGGAUCGCUGCAAUGGCCGGGGGCCUCACUGGGGUGCAGCCCAUGCAGCCUGCUCAGCCCGUGAAGCUUGUCAUCGGCGGCUGCCGGGUGCCCGACCCUGCCAGGGAGAGUGAGCAGGACCCCCGCAUGAAGCUUAACGAAGACUCUUUUUCCAUCUGCAACUUUACCUUCGCUGUUGCAGAUGGACUUGGAGGCACCAUGGCCCUGGACGUCAGCUCUGCGCGAUACAGCGAGGAGAUCGUUAACCGCUCCGCCCAGGCAAUGGAAGAGCUCGUGAUGCGGGCCCGCAAGGAUGGCAGGUCCUUCCCAAGCCCCACCACGGCCAUCGAGUGGGCGCACUCCCAGGUCACCGUGCAGGGCGCCACGACGAUCUGCCUCCUGGCCCUGGACUCCAUGCAGUCCACACUGCACGUGGCCAAGGUGGGCGACGGCGGCUACGUGGUCCUCCGCCCCUCCCUGCCCCCGCUCCACCCCGGCGGCCCGCCCGACAUGACCAUCGAGUCCCCCUGGCUGCCCUUCAAGGACCCCAAUGAGCACCCGCGGGGCGUCAACUCCACCCACUACCUCACCAGCCCCGCGCUCCACCCCAAAAUCGGCGGCGUCCAUCCGCGCACCGCCAUCGAAUCUCGAGUAAUGGUCGCUGCCGGAGAUGCGAUAAUCGCCGGAACUGAUGGCUUCUUCGACGCCAUCUAUCUCCACGGGGAGCGCGGGUACAACACCAGGAGGCUGAUCUUGGAGCGGAUGACUCAGGGCUGGACGCCGCAGCAGCUGGCCGAGCAGCUGGUGCUGAUGGCGAGGGGGGUGGCGCAGGAGGGCAGCCCGGCGUGCCCCUUUGCGGAGGCGGCGCGGGGCCAGGGCGACGCAAGGCACGGCAGCGGGGCGCGGCCGGACGACGUGGCGGUGGUGGUGGCCUACGUCGCCGCGAACUCCAACCCAAUCCCGGUGGGCUUCGGGGGGUGA